GAAAAAAUCCUGUGCAAUUUAGAAAUCAUAAUUGCAUUUAGCAAGAUUCACCUCUGGUUAAGCUCAGAGGUUAUGGGGUGCAGCGGAAACCACGGCCGGACACAUUGGACAUUUGGAUGCCUUUCUUCAGUUGGAGGAGCGGUGCCACGAAGACUACUUAAGAAAAGGCACAGGGGAUGUCCAAGAUGGACUGGAGUUUCCUGGGACGCCUGUUAGAAGAGGGGCAGAAGUACUCGACGGGUGUGGGCCGGGUGUGGCUCACGGUGCUCUUCCUGCUCCGCAUACUGGUGCUGUGCACGGCCACGGAGGUGGUGUGGGACGACGAGCAGGAGGAGUUCAUCUGCAACACCCUCCAGCCCGGCUGCAACCAGGUCUGCUACGACAAGGCCUUCCCCAUCUCCCACCUGCGCUUCUUCAUCCUGCAGUUCAUCUUCGUCACAACGCCGACCAUAUUCUACUUCGGCUAUGUGGCCCUGUACGUGACACGGGAGAAAAAGAAGGAGGAGAAGGAGAGACAGAGGAUGAAGGCAGAGGGAGGGGACCCUGAGGUCAGUAAGAAGGGCAAGGGGGAGGGAAAGAAGGAGAAGGCUGAGUGUGGUUUGGAAUUCGAGGGAGGCAAAGCGGCCCCCGAAGUCCCCAAGCUGAAAGGCAGGCUGCUGCGUUUCUACAUGGCCAGCAUCAUCCUGAAGGUGCUGGUGGAGGUGGGCUUCGCCACAGUCCAGUGGUUUCUCUAUGGCUUUAUCAUCCCCAAACAGUACGUGUGCGAACGUUCGCCCUGCCCGCACCUGGUGGACUGCUUUAUCUCGCGCCCCACGGAGAAGACCAUCCUCAUCAUCUACAUGUACUUCAUGACCGCUGUCUCUGUGCUCCUCAACGUGGUGGAGUUCAUCAGCCUCGUCUGUCGCACAGCCGCUCACUGGAUGAAGAAGAAGUACCUGUAUCAAGCUCCAGACACAGUGCAGGUGGUCAGUCCGCCGUCAGUGUUCUCUACCCCUGAAAGCUCCGCCCCUGUCUACUCCGGUCAGCAUUUCCUCCACCUUCCUAUGGGCAAGGGCACGACCCACCCAGAGUUGGAGUCCAGAACAGACUGGAACCGAGAACCUGUGCCCCAAUCAAACUCCCUGGCUGCGUCGCACCGUGCUGCUCGGGGGGUCAUGGCGAGGCCGGAGAACAGGAGUGGCAGUACCACCAGUAGCCAUAGCAGCAGCAGGACCAAGAAGAUGCAGCACGUCAGGGAAAAGGCUCGCGGCUCGCAGGAUGGACCUAGCCGUCACCCUGACCUUGAUCGUGACCGUACGCAGAAAAAGCGAGCUGGCCACCAGGAUCACGGACCCCGUUUUGGGAAAAUGCGCGAGGCAGCACCAAGUCGUCUCUCUCUGUGAGAGACUGCAGCCUGUGUGUGUUUAGCAAGAGAAGAGCUCUCUGUGUUAAAGUCAUCAUGGGCUCACUGGUUAGGGCUAUCAGAGCUCCUCCUGCUGGUCUUCCACCUAGGCACCUUAGAGAGGAUGGAUUGGAACCAAAUACCAAGAGCCUCCAAUCCAGCUCAAUGUGCUGCUUAGGGUCAAUAAAUUCCACAAAACAAUGUGAAAUGCAAUGUGAAUUGGUGGCUCAUAAACAGGACAAGUAAACUUGUCCUGUAGGACAAGGCUAGGCAAAGAGUCACUUUAUUGUCACUUUCCUCUGGAGGUGUAAGCACAGUACAGAAAUGAAACAGCACAAAGACCCACCUUUUCUGAGAUGAAAUGCCUGUACUGUGCAAAACACAGUGAACAUAGUACUUUACAAGUUGCCAAAUGUAUCACAUGUAGCAGAAUCACAUCUCAUUUUUUAUAGAACAUUUAUUUAUAUUUCAUAUUUAACUGAGCAUGAUGUAAGUAAAUAUGUGUUAGAAAGAUUUUCUUGACUUGAUGAAGACAGUAAAAGAAGACAAAGGACAAAAUGAAAAGCUAUGGUUGCCAGAAAAAGAGGAAGAGAGAGACAGUGAGAGAGAGAGAGAGAGAGAGAGAGAGAGG